UGUUGAUGAAACUCCGCAUUCGGCUGCAUCUCUCUGUGUACCACUGCCGUCUCACAUUCAAGUGGCUGGGUUGAAUGGAGGACUGGGCCCGCUAGGGGCUUCCCGCAACAGUGGAGCCGGCCCGCUGCGUUCAGGCGUUGAAGGCACCGGCCACCUCGCGAUCGGCGGCAGUUGCCCUUGAACAUUUCAUGGAGAGCGUGUCCCUAGACUGUCUUGGCGCCUCUUCUCUUUCAUUUCCCGCCGGUUCAUUUCCUCUCUUUCAUAUUCCAGGUGCAGAUACUGGACUUUCCACCGGCGCAAGGCCCAUUCGUUUCUGGCGCCCGUACAUCGAGAACAGUGCCUUGUUAUAUUUCGCUUCCCUUCUCUCAAUCUGUACGGCACCAACGUUCAACAACGACUUACCUCAUUCAUCGACUCAUUCAUCGACUCGUCCGAACUAGGCCGGAAGCUCCCGCGCCAACUUGAUCUCAUCAUGGCCCCUAUGGCCCAGAAGCUCUUCUCCCGCCAAUACGACUACGACGGUUGCACUCUCACUGAAAAUGGCGACAUUGAUGAGAGCAGUUGCUAUGUGCCGUUCUGGAAUACUAAGACUGGAUACAUUGUCAAGUGGUCGGUGUUUCUUGGCAUAGUCGCCAUAAUCAGCCUUUACCUCCUGCUGGGAUACAUGCACGCGCAAAGGCGGAUACGCAAGGGUCUAGCGCCCCUGGGUUAUCACCGGUUCAUGGUCUCGCGCGCAACACUCGCCCAAGUCGACCCUCGCUACCGCUAUCCGCAACCUACGAAUGUCUAUCCAUAUGCCCCGGAAGGCCACUAUUACGACAUGCACGCCAUGCCCCCGCCGAUCUAUGAUCCGAAUGCGCCGCGGCCGCCGAUGUAUGAGCCCCCGGCUGGCUCAACGAAAUUCACUACCGCCCAGCAGCAGAGUGGCCCAGAGAGUCCACAGCCGCUCGAGCAGCACGUCGAGUACACACCGCCAGCUGGGCCACCGCCCACGUCGACUCAGUUACAAGACAUAUACGCGCCACCGCCAGGACCUCCGCCGAGCUCCACCCGAUCUUGAGGCACGGGGAGCACCGACCGUCUCCGAAAUCACAGGAUCGGACGUGGCCUCUCAGGCCGAGCUUUGGUGGCGAAGGAGUCGGAGUUGCGAUGUGGAUUCCAUGGGGAGUCAGAAAACCAUACGAUUAUACAAUGGUGCAAAACGAUCGCGGCCCUCGGGCUGUUGCGUUGGCGUUUGGGGGUUCCAGAGAAACUGGCGGCGGAGUUGGGAUGGGGACAUGCCUGUUGGUUGUUGGCCUUCAUUAAUAACACGAACACGAACAGCCCUAGAAGGAAUAACA